CAUCCAUCCCCAGGUCAUAGCGCCACCCCGCCUUGGCCCAAGCCUCUUCGAUGCACCUGCUCUCUAUUCCGGCUGGAGGGAAGGACGACCUUUUCCCCAAACAGCCCUCCCCCUCCUGCCAAACAACCCCUCCCAGCCCAGGAAGUGGGAGAAAAGUUUGAAACCCGGCUUCCCUUCCUCCCAGUGCUCAUGGCAUCGCUCGGGACGACCCGGUGGACCGCAGUCUGCUGCCGCUGAAAACAGCGGAGGGGGCGGGGUUUAGAGGGUCGUCUUAAUUAUGGCGACGCUACAAUUAACCCAAAACGUCACUUUCGAGGGAGAAGAGAUGAGCAGCGGGUUUCUUUCCAGUGGGUGGUACUACGCAAAUCAGACUUUGCUCCUAGGUAUCUUGUUGGCAAUCACAGGAAAUUUUCUCAUCAGCAUCUCUUUGACUGUGCAGAAAUCCUCUCAUCUUCUCCUGGCACGCCAAGCUGAUCAGAAAUCCUAUUACAAAAGCAAGCUCUGGUGGUGUGGAAUUGUACUUAUGGGGAUUGGAGAAACAGGGAACUUCGCAGCUUAUGGGUUUGCAUCAGUCAUGCUAAUUGCUCCAUUAGGAAGUGUGGCUGUCAUAGGUAGUGCAGUUGCAUCUGUCUUAUUCCUAAAAGGGAGCAUUAGACCUGAAGGCAUAUUAGGUGGAACUGUGACAGUUACAGGAAUAUUUUUGUUGGUGACAUUUGCUCCACAUGUUACUCAGGAACCCACGGCAAGGCAGAUACAGACUGAUAUCGUUAGCUGGCGGUUCCUGAUUUAUGUGAUCUUGGAAGUAAUAAUAUUCUGCAUUCUUCUGUAUUUCUAUAAAAGAAGACAAGUAAAGCACAUCAUGCUCCCAUUAACAAUGGUGGCACUGCUAGCAUCUCUGUCCAUCAUUUGUGUGAAAGCUGUGGCAGCCAUGAUUAUACUUUCUGUGAAGGGGAACAUGCAGCUAACCCACCCUAUUUUCUAUAUCAUGCUUACUAUAAUGGUAGUAACGUGUGUUUUCCAAGUCAAGUUCUUGGAUGAAGCACUGCAACUCUAUGGUACAGCAGAAGUCAUCCCCAUGAACUAUGUCUUCUUCACUGUGAGUGCUGUCAUGGCAGGGGCAAUAUUUUAUCAGGAGUUCCAAGCUGCAAGUCCGCUGAGUGGUUUCAUGUUUCUCUUUGGGUGUUUUCUGUCCUUUCUCGGGGUAUUUAUAAUCACCCAAAAUGGAGGCAAGGAUCAUUUGAAGAGUUUUUAUAUCGACUAUGGACACAUUCCUGGGAAGAAAAUGAGCAGCAAAAUACAGCCAGAUUCCCACAGCUUAUCCUAUGGCUCUUGUUGUAAUGAAGGUGACUCUGUGAAGGCUCAAAGCAUCUUAAAUUCCAGUUAACAAGAGAAACCUUCUAUUUAUUGGCUUCAGACUCAGUACCACCCUUUCAUUACACAUGUUCAUUAUGUGUCAAGUUAUUUUAUCCUGACAGCUCUUAUGGUUAUUUAAUCCUCUUUGAGGAUCCCCUGGCUAUUGCAAAUGCAAUGCAGUUUAAGCCAGCUAUUGUGUCUGAAGAAAGCAAGCAGUCAUUAAAUGGACCUGGGUGUUUUCCGGUGCAA